CUUCACAUUGAAUUCUGAUUCCCCAAUUUUCUCGAGUUUUUUGUUUGGUUUCAAGCAACAAUGGCUGGUGAAGAAUCGGUGAGGAACAAGCAGGUGGUUCUCAAGAACUAUGUGGAUGCCGGUUUACCCAAAGAAUCGGACAUGGAGAUAAAAGAAUCCACCAUUCAUUUGAAAGUACCAGAGGGUUCCAAAGAUGCGAUUUUAGUCAAGAAUCUCUACUUGUCUUGUGAUCCUUACAUGAGAAAUCGCUUGAAGAAUAUCCAGGGCUCGUAUGUGGCGCCUUUCCAGAUUGGCUCGCCUUUAAGCGGUUAUGGAGUUGCCAAAGUUUUGGAUUCUACUCAUUCGAGAUACGCAAAGGGCGAUCUCAUUUGGGGGAUUACUGGUUGGGAAGAGUAUACACUCAUAACAGCGGUCGAUGCAGUGUUCAAAAUUCAAAACACAGAUGUUCCCCUUACCUACUAUACAGGACUUCUUGGUAUGGCCGGUAUGACUGCUUAUGCUGGUUUUUACGAGAUCUGCUCCCCUAAGAAGGGGGAGUAUGUUUAUGUAUCAGCUGCAUCUGGAGCAGUUGGUCAGCUUGUGGGGCAAUUUGCAAAACUGUUAGGCUGCUAUGUUGUCGGAAGUGCUGGUAGCAAAGAGAAAGUCGAUUUGCUGAAGAAUAAGUUCGGGUUUGAUGCGGCAUUCAACUACAAAGAAGAACCAGACUUGGAUGCUGCUUUGAAAAGAUUCUUCCCAGAAGGCAUUGAUAUCUACUUUGAAAAUGUUGGGGGAAAGAUGCUCGAUGCUGUGCUGGCCAACAUGAGGGUCCAUGGUCGUAUUGCUGCAUGUGGAAUGAUCUCACAGUACAAUAACGAGCAGCUCGAUGCAGUGCACAACUUGAUAUAUAUCAUACCGAAAGCAAUUAGGAUGCAAGGGUUUAUCGUUACUCAUUUCUAUCACCUUUAUCCCAAGUAUCUAGAAAUGGUGAUACCAUACAUCAAAGAAGGGAAGAUAACAUAUGUUGAAGACAAAGCCGAUGGCCUGGAGAGCGCUCCAGCAGCUCUGGUUGGCCUCUUCACCGGUCGCAAUGUGGGGAAACAGUUAGUUGUAGUCUCCCAUGACUGACUUUACUGCAGAACUUUCAGAGGUAAUCCGUGUAUGUGUGGUGUUUCUUUACUAUUGAAUGGUAAACAUAAAUAACAUGUUGGUCGUGUUAGACA